GUCGGCAAGGACUUCGCGUUCGGAUAACAUCACCACUGCCUCGGCGUGCCUCGGCGCGCGCUUCACGGCGACGACAACCGGGCUGUCCCGGCGGGCGCCUUCAGCGACGGGCGCGCAGACGGCGUGCAGUCUGUGCCGGACACGGUUUCCAGGACCUGUGACAUUCCUCAAGUCGCACGGAUGCGGCUGUGCACGCUUGCGAUGACACGGUGCAGCCUCGCACUGGCACUGGUCAUGUGCCUGUGGCAACUCGGCGACGCCGGUUCUUCGGAUAAUGAUGCUGCGCUGGGCCACGUGGUUCGCGAACUCCGUGCCGAGUUGCAAGCCCUACAGCGGGGCCGCGACCAGGACCGCGCGGCGUUGCGGCGGCUCGAAGAACGGCUGGCAGCCACAACGCCGUGGACGACGAGCACCGCGCCUGCAACCACGGCGCGGCCGCCCCGGCAUCACCGGCCGCGGCGGCAGCACGAAGAGCAGCGGGCCUUCGCGCGGUCUCUGCGCGUGCUCGAGCAGGAGCGUCAGUCACUGGACCAACUGGAGAACCAGCUGAAACGCGUGCGGAGCGACCUGCAGGAAGUGGCGCGCGAGCGGCCGGCCGACGCGCAGGCGCUGCUGAGGGCCGACUUGGACCGGCUGCAGCUGCAGUUGGACGCCCUGCGUUCAGGACAGCGCGACGAGGUGUCGAGGACUGAAGCGCGCGACCGUGCACACCGUGCCUCGGUGGACUGGUUGCGCAGCACCGUCGAUCAGAUCAAGGCCGAGCUCGCCGAGUUGUCGCGGCAGGACAACGUGACCGUGGCGCUGGGCUUGAGCCGGGGCUUCGAAGGCGAGGCGGCACGGCUUAGGGCGGACCUGGCCGACCUGCGAGACCAGCUGCAGGCAUUUCGGGCGACGCAACAGCGGUGCGAGGCCGGCGCCGCUCAAGCUGCAGGAGAGCGGGCCGAGCUCCGGGCACUUCUCCAGAGGCAGGCAGUCCAGCAGCGACAGCUGACGCAGCAGGUUUCGGAACUUGCCGAGGAUUUCCAGAACCAACGACUGGGCGGGACCAAAAAGCGAAACGGCGACGACGAGGAAAAGCAUCAGCAAGCAGAUGCACUGGAAUAUUUCGAGGGCUCAGGGAUGGAGCCUGCAGAAGAGCCUGCCCCACAUCCUGCUGAUACAGACACAGAAGCACCAAGGCAUGAAGUUCGCCACCAUCGAGACCUCCGGCAGUUAGUCUACCAUCUUCAGAAGAGUGUACAAACACUGUCUCAUGAUCAAUCCAAGUUGGCCAAGGACAUCAGCCGAAUGCGUCGAAAUAGCACUGAACUCUCUGUGGCCAUAGCUUCACUGCAAGGGGUUUCCAGCACAGCUCACUCAACACAGCUUGAUAGCCAGUUGCGCCAGCUGGAAGAUCGAAUGCUAGCACAAAGUGAGAAGGUUCGAAAUGUUUCAAGCUGCUUCCAGAGUGUUGACAAGGUCCAUGCCUCAACUGUAGAGCUCUUCAGGGACUUGCGCACACUUGAGAAGAAAGUGGAUCGAGGUCUGACUGAUCUGCGCAAAGAAGUCUCCAAAUGUGACUUCGAUGUAGCCACUGCUUUGUCACUAGCCAAAGCUGUCCGACAAGAUGAGCUUGCCAGACGAGAGUCCCUUGCCAGCCUAAAGAAUGAUCUGCUCCAGGCAAGAUCUGAGCUGGAGAAAACUCGCUACAAGAUACUUAGCGUGGAAGGAGCAGUCCUCAACACAACAGUGUCAAGUCGUAAAGCAGGCAGUGACUGGGUGUCUCAAGAGAUUAAGAUUGCAAACCUUGAAGUUGCAAGCACACGGCUUUCCAAGAUGGUUGACCGCAACAGCCGCAAGUUGGCACACCUCGCAAGAUCACUGAACCAGGCAGUGAACCGCGAGGUUCUCGAUGAGUGGAAGAGAAAGCAAGAAGACUUAUCCAGCAUUCUACGCAACAUGACCGAAGAAGUGCCCAAAAUGAGGAAAAACAUUACUCGUCUUGAAGGAGAAGUGGAAAAGUUCGAGGACAAUUUACCAAAAGACUGCUCUUCCAACAUCAGUCAUCCUACAAAUGGUCAACACAGUGGAGUGCGACUGAUCCACCCCCAUGGUGCUGAGAAGGCCCGCCUAGUCUUCUGUGAUAUGCAGACAGACGGUGGUGGCUGGACAGUAGUGCAGCGCCGAUGUGAUGGCUCUCAGGACUUUUAUCGCAACUGGGAUGAUUACAAGCAAGGUUUUGGUGAUGUGUCUGGUGAACACUGGCUAGGAAACGAUGCACUGCAUGAGAUCACCUCCUCUGGAAACUACUCACUUCGCAUUGACCUCUGGGAUGUGUCUGGCAAUUACAAGUUUGUUGAGUAUGACCAUGUUGUUGUUGGUUCGGAGGCUCAGAGGUACAGACUGGAAGUGUUGGGCUACCGAGGUAAUGCCAGCAAUGCUCUCGAGUACCAUUCAGGUAUGGCAUUCAGCACAGCUGACAGAGAUAAUGACUUCAGUAGCACCCACUGUGCUGUGUACUACUCCUCAGGCUGGUGGUACAACCAUUGCCAGUAUGUCAACAUUAAUGGCAAGUACAAAGUUGGCCUAACUUGGUACGACAUGGAUGCCCUUGAGUGGGUGCAGCUGUCCAGGGUAGAGAUGAAACUCAGACCUACUACAAGAAGGAAGAAGCGCAGGUGGACAAAGGCUAAGGCUGCCUGAGCAACAGAAGGAGCUCAGGAAUCUUUUUUUGGACUUGGCCAGAGAUGGCCCUUUGAUUAAUUUAUAAAAAAUGUGUGUGUGUUGUACAUAUGUUGCGAUAAUAGGUAUGUGACUGUGUGCAGUGACUAUGUGUGCUGUGUAUAGUGAAAGAUGAACCAGCAAUCUGCCUCGUGCCAUAAAGGACAAGUUGUUCAAGCCAGCAACACGAGCUGCAGUAUCACAGAGCCUGUCUGCGUAACAACAUGACAACACUCAAGGGACCAAUGCAACAGUGACGUGAAGGCACAUUGUUUGACAACAUGGACAUCCUGUAAGCCAGGGGGAAUUGCAUUCCCGGCACUUGAAGACUGCCUUCUGGAUCCCCAGGCCCAUCUGAAUGAACUCCAGCCACUACUUGAUGAAGGCAUAUUUAUCAAGGCAUGGCCACAACAUGAAUCAGCACGUCCACAGGCAGUUCCCUGAGAAUACACGAACGAGUUUUAAGGGUGAUUGUUAUAGCUCUCUGAAGGCCAGCCCAUGAAAAGAUUUUAUGCGUAACCAGUUCUGUGUUUGUGUACACCUUCCCUUUCUUAUUGAAAAGUGAGCUUGAUCAUGCAACUUCAGCCUCUCUAAAAGCAGCAUAAGCAUUUUUUGCUUCUGGUCAAUGUCAGCUGCUAUGGACAGACAUGAACUGUACUUAACGUGUCAGUCACAGCAUAUGCUGUAGUCUGCAAUCAAACCCACCUCCCACUGUUUGAUAGCGUCCAUGAUUUCACAGAUGGCAUCUAUUUGACACUUCUUCUGAGAAGAAGCAGUCCUGCCAGUUUGCUGUUUGAUUGCAUUUCUUGUUGUGAAAGGUGUUCGUGUGGGCAUUUAAGGGCAUUUGAGGGUACUGUAUGAAAAUCAGCAAUGCCAUUAUGAUAUUAAUUUAUUCAUAGUUUCAAUGAGAAAAGCAAAACAAAUUGUCACUCCCAGCGUGAAAUAUAAAACAAGUUAUCAAUGCAUGAAUAACAGUCUUUCUUUAUUAAUGAUACCGACAUUAUAGGAUUUGUUAUUUCUAAGAUUAGGCAAACACCCUGCAACUUUUAUGGAGAAUAAAAGUCACCAUAAUGCAGUAAGUGAACGCCUAGUAAACAAGCAUAUGGUAGCUCACUCAAAUGCCCUUCCCUGUGUUCCUCCAAAAGAGAGGAAUGUGCUGUGAACUUUAUUGUAGCAGGUGAACAGCUUUCACCAGCCUAAAAGUAGAAGUGUGGUUAUCCAGCAGUGUAGAUGUAGAAGAGACUUCCUGCCUCCUUGUGAAAAUUGUGUAGUUGUUGAGUUUCUCAUUAUUAAUAACUACCUAAGUUAUGAACCAAUAGUAUUUAUAUUUAGUUAAGGCAGCCACUUCUAAUUCACUGUGCACUCACACAAAUCAAAGUACUACUACUAGCUUUCUAGUGCUUUCUGCACAGGACAACAAGAUUGUUAUUUUUUAUUUUCUUUAAAUAUUGUUUGUAUCAAAUAUUAAAAAACAAAUUUCAAAGACAUUGAUGGCUGUAGCUACUUAUGAACAAUGUUAUGUGGACUUUAAGCUGCUGAUAAGAAGUUGCAGUGAAUUUCUUGCUUCCUUUUACUUUAUUACAUUGAUAGUGACCAGUUGCUUUGCCCGUUACAUUGGCCAUUGCACCUUUCAACUACAGCAACCCAUAAUGUUACGAUCAUUGAGUUGCAAAGUAAUGUGCAUACUAGAUUAUAACAAAACCUAAAUAUUUGUCAUGGUGUAAUUUGCAUUUUAUCUUUGGGUAAAAAUAGCCAGGAGAGAGCUUUGAUUGAUAGGAAACAUUAAUGGGAUCAACAGUUGUGCAGAUUAUGUAUUUUUGUCAGCAUGACUUUCAGCCACAAUCAUCAUUUCAGAGAUGUUCAGGAAGCUGCACCCUUACUGCAGUUAAAAAAUUGCAAUUUACAUAAACUAAUCAUAAGAUAUACAGUCAACUUCCGAUUUUUUCGGACUCCCUAGGAACCGCGAAAACGUCCGAAAGAUUGAACAGUCCGAAAAAAUGAAUGCAUACCUUUUACAGCCCCCAAAGGCUCAAAUCGCCACAGGCACGUCGGAAAUAGCUCUGAAGGCCUACCAGUACAAUUAUUAGGCGUAUCGGUGCUCGUACUGUGACAGGAGAUGGCGGGUGCAAGCGUGUAUAAUUAAGGAAUACAUACAGUGUCCCAUGACUAUUGCCCCUUCCCAUUCUUGGUGUGCUUCACCGCAAUACUUCGCGUAUGCUUCGCCGCGUAACAUUUUUGUAUUGAGGCGAAGCUGACUUUCGGAAACCGGCAUUACGCAACGCGUCGUGCUUUCCGAGCUUCGAAGCCAUUGGCGAGCAUUACAAAGGCGGAGUCAGUGCCAUUGCUGACAGCGGCGAAUUCUUUCAAUGAAAAACACGGUACCAAACAGCAAGAAGCUUGGUAGCGAACGUCGAAACAGCCAGGCCAAGCCUUGCCGCGGUGGUAGCUACAGCCACCGUAUACAGCUUGCAGCUGUGUACGCUGUACAGCUUACAGCGCCUGUUUGAGGUGGCGAGAUAAUAAAUAUGGUGGUGGCGGUGGCUUUGAUAAUGCCAUUUUCGACCUGCGGUCACGGCAAAAAGUCCGGAAAAUCGGACGGCGAAGAGUUUUUGCGUCCGAAAUUUCAGACGUUCUUAUACAUUGACUCCAUGGGUACAGUGGCUGUACUAUGGGGUACGUGGCGUUGCCGCGAAGGCGUCCGAAUUAUUGGGCACGUCCAAAAAAUCGGUCAUUGACUGUACUUGUCUUGUGUUAAAUAAUAUUGUUCAUCUUUACUGACUUAAUAGUAGAAUAACUACUACAGUCGACUUGCAAUAAUUCAAACUGGAGAAAUUCAAUAUUCCGCUCAAUUCAAACUUGUCUCAAAUUUAUUGGUGGCCAGCUACGGUUUCAGUAUACUCUGGCAUUGAUUAAAUAUCAAAUAACGCUGUCCGUUCAUUAGAAUAUUUCCUAUUUGUCUUUCCAGGUAAACAAGUAACAACAUAAUCCAAACCUUGUGGCUAAAAGCAACUGAUGGAAGACAAUUCAGGUGUACUGAAUAGCAAUUUACAUAAAUUUAUUGCACAGAAAACUUCAUAUUGAAAUCUUAUCAGCUGGCAGUACAGUCGAACACUCACAACUGUCGUAGCACAUGUGACUAGUGCUGUAUAUCUAACUAGCUUUAUGCUCAUCUGCAGCGAUUUCAAUGCGGGCUGUGGGAAGAAUAACGUGCUCCAUUUAGAUUCUUCUUUGUGUAUUAAAUCAUAAUUUUCUCUUGAGUUGCACAUUACUGACUUGAAUAAUUCAGGCACAUACGCAUGUUUCUAAGGGGUUUCAACUACAUAAGUCGACUGUAGUUGUGCUGCUGCACAAUAAAACUACAAAGCUUCACGGUGCAGAGUGACAAAAGCCACAUACCACCUCAUAAAAUUAAGUGUGACACCAUUCAGCCAUUGCCAUCAAUGUUCACAGGUGCAAAUGCAGCCCUCAAUUACAGUCAUGCUAUAAGCCACAUCAAGAGUCACUUAACAUGCAAGUCAUUGUAUGACACAACAUAUGUUCCUCAUAUACCCCUGACAAACCGCCAGCUAGUCAAGAAAGCAAAUUGUGUGAUGUGCCAACAUGGCAAAACCUCCCAUAAAUAAAGUUUACAUAUUCUGGAAAUGCUCUGCCCACUCAAUCAGGUAGAAAUGAUGAGACAAAAUUGAUGAGAAAAUAAAAUGCAGAAGGAAAGACGUACAACUACAAAUUGAGAUGGGAGCUGCACGCACGUUUAGUGAUAUACCCCAUCGACAGUGUGUGUAACACUCCUCAAAGAAAAUACCCCACAUUAAUAACAAACUCAUUUACCAAACAAGUGCAAUUAAAAUUACUAAUUUGGAACAGGUGUGCAAACAAUUCACCUUAAAUAAAUUCAUGAUGAUUAUAACAGAGAGCUUUCAGGAACUGGCUAGCAAAAAGAGAUAGGCCAGAAGAAUCAGCUCUAGGAAUGCACUGUUAGUAUAAUUGCAAGGAUUUUAGCAACAGUCGGUCCGAUGGUAAUUUUUGUUAUUUCAGAUCUCAUACAGAUGUGUGUUUUUUCCUCAAUAUGAUGCAGAGGAAUUUGUUACGUGUUGCUUAUUUAUUAAGGCCUUUGUUAUUCUCUACAUUUGUUGCAAUUGCAUUUCUGAAGGAGAGGUUUCGCUGUAGGUAGUGUGCGAUAUAUAUAUAUAUAUAUGCUUGACAUUAAAAUCGUCAUGCUUCAGAUGGAGAAUGUCUUUGCUGGGUGCAAGAUGUUUAGGUAAUAUAAGCGAGCCUAGCAUUAGAAGAUUACAAAAAAGCCUUGAAGAUAUUUUUUUUUCUUACAAGGCUUUUGUACAGGUUUACUCCUGUUUGCACAACUGUCUUAGACAGCUGGUGUAGAGAAGAGUGUAGGUAUGAUGCUUCAAUUGUGUUUCUGUCUUGUACAUAGAUAUAAUAAAAAAAGAGUUUAAACAACAGGAUGCUGUGUUACCAUGCACAUCUUUUUCUUGUGUGUAUUACCAAACUCAAUCUCAUAAAACAUAGCACAUGACACAUUCUGAAAGCACAGAAGUUAACUGGAAAGCACAAGUUUUUGUUUUGGUAGAAAAAAACCUCGGCAUAGAACAACUAUACGUCAGCUACCAAUAUUUUGACUGGGCAGUAUGAAUUACUGCAGUGAAAAUGAUACACGGCACUUCACGGGC